UUAGCUUGUAUUUUUGGCACACCCUGUAUGAUAAUAAUACUUUUCUGAUUUUUAGGUGACAGUUUUAAAAGAAGAUGGAAGUCAAGAGAUCAUAACCACAAAGAAUAUACUUAUAGCUACAGGUUCUGUUGUCACUCCUUUUCCUGGUAUAGAAGUAAGUCUUCUAAGUCUUGUCGUGCAUCAGGUUACUGAAAUUUCUGAUUUCUACAGUAAUAUGAUUUCUUAGUGCUCAUCACGGUGGGAAACUAACAAACCCAAAACACAUUUAAAGUCUGAAUCGAAUUAUUUUAAAGACACUGUGCCUGUACUGUCCAUGAAAUAUUGUGGCCGGAAGCAAUCAAUUAGCCUUUCUCACGAUGACGAAUAUCCACCAUUUUUUUUUUAUUUUAUUUAAAAAAAAAUAAAUAAAAAAAAAAAAUUAAAAAAAAUGGUGGAUAUUCGUCAUUUUUGGGUGGCAUCCAAUUUUUGUUAACCAAUGCAGACAAUUAAAUUAUUAAAACAAUGUGAAAAGCAAUUUUUCAAAAUAAACUAACCAUUUACAAAGCAAAUUUACCAUCAUUCAUCAAAAAAAUUAUAAAAAGUCGCUGUUAUGUGGAGUUAUCUCGCAGACGUCGGCUGAAAAGCCACCCAAAAAUGGCGGCGUGAGAAAGGCUAAUUGGAUUCUUUACGGUUCCAUGUUGAUUUAUGUAUACUGCAAUUUUGUAAUGUUCUGUGUAAAAUAGGAAGCAUGCCAUGCGCUAACGCUGUGUUUAUUCAAUAUAUCGUUGAACUAACGCUGUGUUUAUUCAAUAUAUCGUUGAACUAACGCUGUGUUUAUUUAAUAUAUCGUUGAAGUACUUUAAUGUGUGGCUAUUAUGUUUCUCAUUUAGGUAGAUGAAGAAACGAUUGUUUCCUCUACUGGAGCUUUAUCGUUAAAGAAAGUUCCAGAAAACAUGAUCCUCAUAGGUGCUGGUGUGAUUGGACUGGAACUUGUAAGAUGUGAUUCUGUUUGAUUAGUUUAGAUUAUACUUACCAGCAACUUGUUGAGGAGACGAAUGUUUUAUUUGUAUUGUAGAUUUCCAUCCUUUCUCAAACAUGCCAAUGAUAUACUCUAACUCUGUAUGGAAACAAUAUGCACCUAAACAUUCUUAUCGUUUCCUUUUCAGGGUUCCGUAUGGGAAAGACUGGGUGCUAAAGUAACGGCUGUGGAGUUCUUGGGCCACGUUGGGGGAAUGGGCAUUGAUAUGGAGUUAUCGUGAGUUUUGUCUUAAUUUUAUUUAUGAUGUAAAUGUAAAUACAAUUUUUCUAAUCACAAGAGAUAAUUAUAUGCUGUAUCAAGUAGAUUAGUUCACUUGAAGGUUAAGGUUUACCGUUAGUACAAUAGAGAGGUUAGUACAAUACUAGGCUUUUUUUUCUGUGCAAUUUCCGGUCAUGUAUAAAUUGGGGAACAUGGUUUCAUAUUUAUCCAGCAACCGUUUUUUGUCCAUAUCCAUACAUUGAAUGUCCAUACAUUGACGCUAACAUGGCUAUGCACUGUACAACUAUUUAGACCUUUGGAAGCCGCAUUUAGCUUUUGAUGAUAUCGUCAAAUAUGUCAUUUUGUGCAUGAUCAUCCUGCUUGUUCUUGUAGAAAGAAUUUCCAAAGGAUACUGAAAAAGCAAGGAAUGAAUUUCAAAUUAAAUACAAAAGUCACAGGUAUUUGAAAUGAGUUUUAUUAUAGGGCCUCAUGACAUCAUUAUUUUUAAGCUAGACCCAAGUCAGUCACCCAACUAGACUUUAGCUAGUAGACUGCAUGUGGAGUUACUGUAAGGGGCCCUCAAUUUCAAAAAUGCUCUGACCAAUUUAAAGAACCUACUCAAUUUUAGGCUCUCGCUCUCAAGUUGCCCGGGGCAAUCCCCCCUGCCCCUCCCCCCUCUUGGCGGCCCUGUGAACCCCCCAACGGGAAACGAAUCCGUGUCUCCCGAUUGCCGGUUGUUUUACCACUAGACUAUAUAGGGUUUCAGACAGCAAUGCGAUGUUAACUAGAGACCUGGUUCCUGCCAUUUAUAUGUGUACUUAAAGGCUCGUCAUACUAUUUUGUAAUGCGAUAUUGUUUGUGUGUUCAUGUACUAUAUACUACAUAUACUAGUCAGUUUAUUAACUGUGGUCUAGUACAAAACAAUAGAUACUCCGAAAAUUGAAAGCAUUUUGAAAAUUUAUUUAGCGCUACGUAGAUGACACUUUAGUUCUUGCUAAGCCCUCUGACAUUGAACAUAUACUUAAUACUUUCAAUUCCUUCGACAGUCAAAUACAAUUCACUGUUGACCAAUUUCCUGACAAUGACAUACACUUCCUAGACAUCCAAAUACUUCCUAAUGGUACUACUGUCUACCGCAAGCAAACCCAUACUGAUCAAUACCAACAUUACUCAAGCUACACUCCAUGGUCUGGAAAGAUUUCCUGGAUACGUGCCCUCAUUCAUCGUGCCCACAAAAUUUGUAGCAAUGAUGAACUCCUUAAUCUUGAACUAAAUAAUAUUGCCUCUUUCAUGUCAUGGAAUUGAUCCCCCCGAAAACUUUCUAGAAAACUUUUAACAUUGUUCAAACCCUCUUCUCCUAACCCAAAGUCUCCAAAGAACUCUAAUAAUGCUGUCAUUGACCCCACUGCAACCAAGAUCUAGAUUCAUUUACCUUAAUAUUUCCUCGGUAAAUAUGGAACUAAACUCACCAAUAACUUCAUUCGAAAAAUAAGUCCUCUACUGAAUUCCCCUUGCAAAUUUAUCGUCAACUGGAAAACUACUGAUACUAAUUGCUUCAUCACACUUAAAGACCCAACACCAAAAACGUAUCAAAGCUCCGUUGUGUAUGAAUUCAAAUGCCGUGGAUGUAAUGCUAACUACGUGGGAAAAACUGAUCGCUGCCUAUAUACCCGUAUUAAAGAACAUUAUUCUCUGGACUCUUCUGAAAUAUAUAACCAUAUUAUUAGCUGCAAUGAAUUCAAUUUUGUAAUAAACCUACUCGAACUAACACCUAAUGACGAAGUUAAUAACAUUAAAUGUUCACUAACAGAUUUAAUAUUUACAGUUUACUGACACUAAAAUAAUAGAUAAAUCCAAUCACUGGUCGUUGAUACUUUAUCAAGAGUCUAUUGCUAUUAAUAGAAUGAAACCGUCCCUAAACCAUGGAACUAAAGCCUCUAAAGAUCUAUUAAUAUUUAACUAAUCGUAUCUUGUUACUUCACUAUAUAUACUUGUACAUAUAUGUAAUAUCAUCAUUCAUUUCCUGAUGAUGACUAUAGUUUAGUCGAAACGUCGAAAUAGAUUUUCAAAAUGCUUUCAAUUUUCGGAGUAUCUAUUGUUUUGUAUUUUAUCAAAAUACUCAGUGGUUCCCGUAAAGUCUAGUACAUGUUGUAAGCUUGGAUAUAUGUGAAGUAAAGAUUGUUCCUCAAGCUUGGUAUUCAGAAAAUAUCUGAACUCCCGUUAUAUGAACACACAAACACAUUCAAAUCGUAUUUUGAGGUCAACUGUUAGCUGUUCGAGGUUACGACAAUUUGUUACUUUAUAAUAAGUGAAGUAUGGAUUAUAUAGCUACUUAGGUGUCGAAAACUUGUAGAACUUCUUCAAAUGUGAUUCGAAGUUCAACGGUCUGCCGUAAAAGUCAAUUUUAAGGCCUCUAGUAGACUGUGUAGCUGGCGGUUUUAAGCGAUCUCUACUGAAUCUCGUAACCCUUGGGACACAGGGGUUUUACGUGUAUUACUUAUUCAUGCAUUGUUUUAAGUGUUGAUGUCCUGUGUACAUCACUGAUCGCAUGCUACUGGUUAAGUUAUACGUUUUACCAAUCAACCGACCAUUUUAAAUAAUCAACCCCUGAAUCAUUUGCGAGUGGUACUCGAGGGUCUUGUACGGUUUAGGAUGGUCCGAAAAACUUGCAUAUUUUGGUCAUUGAAUUGUUUUUUACCAAUCAACAUAGAAUAACAUAAUUAAAGAUUGCAUAAAUUUAAUCCUGUUUCCAAUAUUCUAUGAUAACAAGAUUGUUUCUUGAUGUAGGUGCUACUAAAACUGGUGACGUAAUAAAAGUAGAGUGAGUACAUUAAAAAUUUAUCAAUAAGAAAUUUGACGUCUGCAUGUCAUUGAUAAUUUUAUCAGAAAUCAGAUUGCAACAUUGUUUUUAGUUUAUUAACCAAUUUACUGACAUAUAAACAAAGCAUCAAUUUGCUCAACAUGUACCUAUAUGGUUGUCCGAACAUAGUACCAUCCCAUUUGAACGUUCAUUAAACGCUCUUGCAUACUAAUACUUCGGAUGUUUAGCAGUCAGGUCGAUCUUUCCUCUGACAUUAUAAUGAUUUGCACUAUAAUGAUUUCCUUGGUUAAAAAGGCAAAAUUCCUUUCAAUAUUUUAGCAUUGAAUCAGUGAAAGACAGUUCAAAGAAAGAAACGGUAAGAUUUGAUCUACAGUAUAUCUUCAGAAAACGUUGAUCACUUCAUGUGAUCGUAUGAUUGCAUUGUUUUUCAAGGCAGUUGUGAGUUUUAACUUAUUCAGUUGUUGUCACAUGAUCUUAUAAAGUAUUAUGAAUACUCGGGUUCAAUGAACCCAUUAUAUUCUACAAUCCUUUCAACCAUUUCAACUAAACUCUAAAUCCUCCUGUUAGUGAAUAAACAUUCAUCACACCACUUGCUCGUGGAAGGAGGCAUUCUGGUAGGGGUGAUGACGAUUUUAACAAAUGCUAAUAAUAUUUAAAAUAGUAACGUUAUUUCCUUACAUCUCUUCUUUAGCUGGAAUGUGAUACGCUAUUAGUAUGUAUUGGAAGGCGGCCCUUUACAGAUAACCUGGGCUUACAGGUAUUCAUUUUUCUCACUAUGUAAUGUACUUUACACAGUAUAUUUAUUGCAUGUUUUAACCUGGUGCAUGUCUUUCAGGAACUUGGUAUUGAGCUUGAUAAGGCAGGACGCAUCCCUGUUGAUUCUAGAUUCACAACAAAAGUUCCUAGGUAUGGAAAAUUUCUGUUGUGAUUUUAUAUUUAUAACACAGUGGAUUCUGUAAAUCUUCGAAUAUAAGCCCUGGGCUUAUAUUUGUUCGUAAGUAUUUUUUGGUGGGCUUAUACAUGGGGGGUCUUACAUACGGACGACAUUUGAUGUUAGUAAUAAUACUUAUUGUACCUGUAAACUAUACCAUGAACGAAAAGAAAUAUAAACAUACAGUAUUACAAGUUGUUUUUACAGUAUUAAAAUACUGUAAUGUAAUUAUCGUCACUCGUCAAGCUGUUGGAAUCCCCGUCGUUGUGUUAAUAAAUAUACUUGUCCAUUAAUAAACCCAUGCAUGGGCUAAAAUACACGAAGGGGGUUAUAUUCAGAGAGCUUACUGUCUAUUCGGAAUGGCCUGAGCGUUAGUGACUAUGGUGGGCCUAUACACGGUGGGGGGGGGAGGGGGGACUUAUAUUCGGCGGUAUAGUAUACAGUGGAUUUAAAUCGAAUAUAUGAUUACGAUAAGUUGUGUAUUUAAAACUUUUAGUAUAUAGUUAUCGUGUGCAUAAUACUAUAGGCAAUACUAUAGAUGUUCGAAAAGAGAUGUUCCAGUUUGGCAGUAGGACCCAAAAUAAUCCUUUCCUAUCAUACCCCAGUGUAAUAUUAUACAUGAGAAAAUAUAGUUAAUUCCAUCUUUGGUAUUUUGUUUUGACAUAGUAUCUAUGCAAUUGGGGAUGUGAUAGAAGGCCCAAUGUUGGCUCAUAAAGCUGAAGACGAAGGUUUGUAUGUAGUAGCUACCAGUCUAUAAUUUCCAUUAAACGUGCUUCGAUGUGCAUUCAUGUAGAAAAUACAAUAUUGAUCAUAAUGUUUAUAUUUAGGGAUUGUCUGUGUAGAAGGUAUUGCUGGUGGUCCUGUACAUAUAGACUAUAACUGUGUGCCUUCCGUUAUAUACACUCAUCCAGUAAGUGGCAAUGUCAUGCUGUACUUUUCUUCAAUAGUAGUGAGUUUGGAAACCGAGAACGGCAACAGCAGGAAACAGCAUUACUCCAUUAGCUACAUGUAGUAUACAUACAUUUUUGUAAUCGAGCCAUUGCAGCAAACAUUACUUUGAGGUUUGUCAUACACUGUGUUUAUGCUUCAUGAUAUAUUUACCAGGAAGUCGCAUGGGUGGGCAAGACUGAAGAAAUGCUCAAAGAAGAGGUAUGCUUUAUUCUAUUUUUAUGGCCACUGAACGGUAUAUGUCAAGGUAAAGCUGUACUGCACCUUCGCAGAAUUGCAAAAAAGCUGCGGGUAUGCGGGUAUACCACCCGUGUAGCCUGCGAACAGGCUCUCAAGCUGAAUUGAGAGCCUGCAUCGAUGACUAAUGAAUUUGAAUAUCUGCCCCGUAACGUUCGUUUUUCCAAAUAUGGAAUGUCUAUCCUUAUAUGGUGUUGUUUACAACUUUCGUGCAAACUAAAUUUAGACUGUGCAAACUAAAUUUAGACUGUACAGUUUAUACUGUUUUUCGAAAUAUAAGAUAUUCAAGCAAAAGUUCAAAUGUUUUAAAUACUGUUUUCUCAAAACAGAACAUUUCGUGCUUUGAGAUAAGACGGCCUAGACCAAUUUGAUCAGUUAAUGUGUUUUUUAUGCAUAAUGCUUCAGCAGUUGACAUAUAUAGAGCUCAGCGGAAACAUAUAAAUUAUAGCAUCUGACCAAUGAGAAUUUCGCGUCACGAUUUGAGACGCAGAUAUUCAAAUUCAUUAGUCAUCGUUGCAGGCUCUCAAUUCAGCUUGAGAGCCUGUUCGCAGGCUACCACCCAUGAAGAAGGUUUACCAUAUGUGACGUCAGUGAGGAAGGUUUAAGGCUGAUUUCCACUGUUGCGUUUUUCAUACGUACGCAUACGCACGUAAAACUUUAAAUCCGUUUAAAUGUUACUUAUGAAAUAACCAAAUAAAUAAAGCAACAGAAUUUAGUGUUCCGCAAGUUUUAAUAUGCAUUUGGUAACUUAUUUUUAAAAUAUUUAAAAAAUAGAAGGAUUCAAAGUUUUACGUGCGUGUACGUGCGUACGAAAAACGCAACAGUGGAAAUCAGCCUUUAGUGUAGUACUCAAUGCUAACACCAUCAAACAAAUAAAUGAUACUUGACUGGGCAGGUUGAGGUUGACAGUAUGCUGAUGUUGUACUGAUGACUAUUGUGAUUGUAUCGAUACCAGAGUCGCAUUGCCAUUGGAGAAAACUGCAUGAGGAGAAAACAAUAAGAAUUGAAUGACGUAAUUUAUAUCUUUUACAAUUUGAAAAAGCCACAAUUCACAUUAUUUUGAGGAAGGUUUCAAAACUUGAAUUUUUACUCGGAGGAAGGUUGAACAUUUUUGGCAAUUUUUUAAUUAGUUUCACAGAUAAAAGUAGUAUUGAGGGUAGCAUAAUUUUCCUGCUCGUUAAUGUGUCAGAAUUAAUCACAACUUCACCAUCAUCUGCUGUCCUUGCAGCGUUUUCUCAAACCCACUUUAUGUAAACCAUCGAUAUACCGUGAUCUCUCUAGAUAAAAAAAAAUAUCAUGAAGCCCUCCCUCUCCAAUAAUCACUCCCCCCCCCCCCUCUCAAAGGUGCUUGGGAAAAGAUAAGCUGGGGGGCUAACAAAGAGAUGACGAUAAUCUGAUACCUAAAUCUCUGCCAUUUCUAGGGUGUAGAGUACAAAGUUGGUAAAUUUCCAAUCGCAGCAAAUAGCCGAGCACGAACAAACGCAGAUUCAGAUGGAUUAAUGAAAGUUUUAGGAGAUAAAGAAACAGAUAGACUACUUGGUGUUCAUAUGAUAUCGCCUUCAGCUGGAGAAAUUAUUAAUGAAGCUGCUCUGGCCAUGGAAUAUGGAGCAUCUUGUGAGGACGUCGCAAGAGUUUGUCAUGCACAUCCGGUAAAUGAUUUGGCAAUUAUUUAUUCUUACCCCAAUCAUAACCCGCGAGCGCCUGACUUGCAGCCUGCGCUCUCCCUAAUUUACCUGAGGGCCCAGAUACACGAUACCGGAAUCGCACCAUCGAAUUCAACUGUUUGAGGAACCACUUAACACUUGAAAUUGUGAUUAUGUGACCAAAAUAUGAAAGAACAAGAAUGAUGAACCACAAACAUUGAUACAAUGUCGCCAGCAACUAAUUAUGAUUUAUGGAACUUGUCAAUUAUUUUGGGCUUUAAGCGUUUUGUGUAGUGAGACAUUACGUCCGCGCAGGUUUGCAUGGAGACGAAUAUAAUUUUUUUAUGGAGAAGAAACGUGAAAAAGAACGUAAAUUCGUUCAGAAAAUUCAAGGUUCUUUAAAUUUUAAUUUUAAGCUUAUUCGAUUAUCAAUCUUUCUUUCUAGACGGUAUCCGAAGCAUUCAGAGAAGCUAACAUAGCUGCAUACGCUGGAAAACCGAUCAAUAUGUAACAUGAAAGAACAUUGUGUUUUCUAAUUAUCGUAAGUGGAGUGUAUUGAACAUUUUUCAUCAAACUAACUUCAUGUGUUGGUCAUGGUUUGCAAUAAGUGUGAUUAUGGUGCACAGGAUGCAAUAAAUAGAUAAAGCUAUGAACUGGUAACAAACCAGUUGUUGAAUACUAAAUACUGACGGUAAAAGAGAAAUAUAUAAUUUUUAAUCCUCCAGAAUAUUGUAUGAAGUAUAGUAUGGUUAUGGGAUAAUUAUGUCCGGAUCCCUUUACGCAUCCAUUUCCCUUUACGCAUCCAUUUCCAGCCGUUUAUAAAAUAAACAUCUUCGAUCCAGCCAAUUUAAUAACUUUGACAGCUAUACCAUGUAAUUGGGCGAACACUGGCGCGGAUAAAGUAGCGCGGGUUGCGGUUAUAGUCAGUAGCGAAU